ACCCUGAACACUACGUAAUGCCCUUUCUCAUUAAACUCCACCCCCUCUGAAAGAGACUGUGUUUCUUACUUUAUACCAUCUUUAAGUUUGAUUUGUACAGCUCCUUUGGCCAGACGAGGUGAGACAUCCGCUCCCACUACAAGAAACUCUGGUUCUUGCAGGAUGAAUAUGCAAGUGACAAGCCCCACUUAUGCCUACUACACUGAUUACGAUACAGUAGCACUCUGCCAGAAAACCAACGUGAAACAAAUUGCAGCCCAGCUCCUGCCACCACUCUACUCACUGGUAUUCAUCUUUGGUUUUGUGGGCAAUAUGUUGGUCUUCCUCAUCUUGAUAAGCUGCAAAAAGCUGAAGAGCAUGACUGAUAUCUACCUGUUCAACCUAGCCGUCUCUGACCUGCUCUUCCUACUCACCCUCCCAAUCUGGGCUCACUAUGCUGCAAACGAGUGGGUCUUUGGGAAUAUAAUGUGUAAACUCUUCACAGGGCUCUAUCACAUUGGUUAUUUUGGUGGAAUAUUCUUCAUCAUCCUCCUGACGAUUGAUAGGUACUUGGCUAUUGUCCAUGCUGUGUUUGCUUUAAAGGCCAGGACAGUCACCUUUGGGGUGAUGACAAGUGGAGUCACAUGGGUGGUAGCUGUGUUUGCCUCUCUCCCAGAGAUAAUCCUUACCAGAUCUCAAAAAGAAGGUGUUCAUUACACAUGCAGUCCUCAUUUUCCAUACACCCAAUAUUAUUUCUGGAAAAGUUUCCAAACAUUGAAGAUGGUCAUCUUGAGCCUGGUCCUGCCCCUGCUUGUCAUGGUCAUCUGCUACUCAGGAAUCCUCCACACGCUGUUUCGCUGUAGGAACGAGAAGAAGAGGCACAGGGCUGUGAGGCUCAUCUUCGCCAUCAUGAUCGUCUACUUUCUCUUCUGGGCUCCGUACAACAUUGUUCUCCUCCUGACAACCUUCCAGGAGUUCUUCGGACUGAAUAAUUGCAGUAGUUCUAAUAGACUAGACCAGGCCAUGCAGGUGACAGAGACUCUUGGAAUGACACACUGCUGCAUCAACCCUGUUGUCUAUGCCUUUGUUGGGGAGAAGUUCCGGAAUUAUCUCUCAGUGUUCUUCCACAAACACAUUGUCAAGCGCUUUUGCAGACACUGUUCAAUUUUCCAGCAACACAAUCCUGAUCGUGUAAACUCAGUCUAUACCCGAUCCACAGGAGAACAGGAAGUUUCUACUGGCUUAUGACCUGGGCUGAGUUUUGUGUUUCACUUAGUUUUUCUAUGUAGCUUGGGAGUAGGGUUGAGUCCUUUAAGAAAGGAAAUUAGUUUCAUACAGGACCUAAGAUACAUGCAUGUUUCUAAUAUUUAUUUUGGAUAGACUGGGUCUUUUAAAACUGAUCGGUUUUAUAAAGCCAAAUGAGAAUGUAUUGAUGAGAUAGCAAUCCCUGGCCUCAUUCCUAUUUACCCCCAGUUAUUGGCAAACUCUUCUUUUGCCACAAAAGUUCACUAUAGAAAAAAGCGGGAUUUUUUUUUUUU